UGUAGUCUUCAAGAUGCCUGAACCAGCCAAGUCCGCUCCCGCGCCCAAGAAGGGCUCCAAGAAAGCGGUGACCAAGACCCAGAAGAAGGGGGAUAAGAAGCGCCGCAAGACCCGCAAGGAGAGUUACUCCAUUUAUGUCUACAAGGUGCUGAAGCAGGUUCACCCCGACACCGGCAUCUCUUCCAAGGCCAUGGGCAUCAUGAACUCCUUCGUCAAUGACAUCUUCGAGCGCAUCGCUGGGGAGGCGUCUCGCCUGGCGCAUUACAACAAGCGCUCCACCAUCACCUCCCGGGAGAUCCAGACCGCCGUGCGCCUGCUGCUGCCCGGGGAGCUGGCCAAACACGCCGUGUCCGAGGGCACCAAGGCCGUGACCAAGUACACCAGCUCCAAGUAAACAAGGGCUGUGCCGCUCCGGAAAGUUGUUACACCCAAAACCCAAAGGCUCUUUUAAGAGCCACCUACUUUGUCAAUGAGAGUUUGAGUCACUGUUUGACCAGCAGAAAGUUAAAAGCACCAUUUUAAAAUCAGCUUUGAAUAUUUAGGAUAGCCCUAAUACG